AUGUCAAUAAUAAAUCUUGAACAUGUCAAACGUCAAGAAUUUAAUACAGAUUGGUCCGGAGGGGCAAGAUGGGCGUUCUUUGCUAUAUUUGUAGUGAUGAUAAUCAUUGUAUUAUUAGGUACAUUCAGAGUAAACAAAAGGAGGAUGCAAAGAGGGUCACAACCAUUACCAGGGACGAGUUGGAUGACUCCACCGUCAUAUAGACAAUCUCAAAAUCAAUAUGAUCAACCUGAUCAUGUCCGUGACCCGGAUUUACCGAGUGCAUAUGUUCCACAAUAUACUGAGACCGCAAAUGAAUACGAUAUGGGGUAUUAUGAUCCACAAGGGGUUUUCCAUCCUAAUCCGAAUGCAAAAUCUCCUAUUCCUCAUCCACCUGAAGUACAUCAAAGGACGGGAAAUGCGUUCGUUGGGACGGGGGCAAGUCCAUUACAAUCAAAUUUACCUUCACAAAUACCUACUAAUGCUAAUCAAGAGGGAGAUCGAGUAGAUGAUGAAAGUAUUGGUGAUAUGCUUAGACCUCCAGCUGGACCGCCACCACUUUCUACUACUGCCUCAGGCUUGAAUCCUAAUAGCAAUAACAAUACAUCAGAAGUUAAUUAUCAUACUGUUGAAACAUUCACACCGCCAGCCGGGCCUCCACCGGGCCGCACAUUCAAUAGCUAG